UAGUGGAAGAAAGAUGGAUGAUUCGAUUAUGUCCAAGAUGAAUAACUGGCCUUAAUUAGUAUUGGUAAAAAAAAAAAUCUAAACCUUAGUCAUGACUAUUAAAAGUAAUCACAGAACAGUGUUACAGUUAGGUACAAACAUGACAUUUAAAAAUAUUUUUGGUAAGAUCACUUAAAAGAGUAGCUCUUUAGCUUAGGAUAAGUUUCCACUUGUAGAAGGUAUUGCAAAGCCCAUCUAUACAAGGUACGUCUGUGGUCUUUCUCUAGUCUUGCUACUGUUUUCUCUAGGUCAGUCUCCACCAGAAUUACUGCAUCAGCUUUCUGUCUGUGGUGUCUUGCCCUCAGAAUGGGAUGCUCCAGUCCAUUCUUCACACUAUACUGGGAGUCUUGGAAAUUCACAGAGAGAAUAUGAAAAGCAGGUUGUCCUGUAUAGUAUCCGCAACCAGUUACGAUACAGAAAUAACUUAGUUAAACAUGUCAAGAAAGAUGAACGCAAAUACUAUGAGGAGCUGCUGAAGUACAGUCGAGACCAUCUCAUGCUGUACCCUUACCAUUUAUCGGAUAUUAUGGUAAAGGGCCUGAGGAUGACACCAUUUUCAUAUUAUACUGGCAUUAUGGAGGACAUUAUGAACAGUGAGAAAAGUUAUGAUUCUCUGCCCAAUUUUACUGCUGCUGACUGUCUGAGGCUUCUGGGCAUAGGGAGAAACCAGUACAUUGAUCUGAUGAAUCAGUGUAGAUCAUCAAAAAAAUUUUUCAGAAGGAAAACAGCCCGUGAUCUUCUACCAGUAAAGCCAGUGGAAAUUGCCAUAGAGGCGUGGUGGGUGGUGCAGGCUGGAUACAUCACAGAAGACGACAUAAAGAUAUGCACUUUGCCUGAGAAAUGCGCUGUUGAUAAGAUCAUCGAUGCAGGCCCUCAGCUCGCUGGAUCACUAGAUUACAAUGUAGUACAUAGUUUAUAUAACAAAGGAUUUAUUUAUCUGGAUGUACCAAUAUCCGAUGACAGUUGUAUAGCAGUUCCUCCUCUUGAAGGUUUCGUAAUGAAUCGAGUGCAAGGUGAUUAUUUUGAAACUCUCCUCUAUAAGAUAUUUGUUUCAAUUGAUGAGCAUACUAAUGUUGCAGAGCUUGCAAAUGUCCUUGAGAUAGACUUAUCCCUGGUUAAGAAUGCUGUUUCAAUGUAUUGCCGAUUGGGCUUUGCCCAUAAGAAGGGACAAGUAAUAAAUCUGGAGCAACUUCAUUCAUCGUGGAGAAAUGUUCCAUCUAUAAACAGAUUAAAGAGUACUUUAGAUCCACAAAAGAUGCUCCUGUCCUGGGAUGGCGGGGAAAGCAGGAGUCCCAUACAAGAAGCUUCGUCGGCUACUGACACCGAUACAAACAGUCAGGAAGAUGCAGCUGACACAGCCAGUGUAAGCAGUUUAAGUUUGUCUACAGGAUAUACAAAGCGUAUUGCAUUUCUGUUUGACUCAACUCUCACUGCCUUUUUAAUGAUGGGAAAUCUUUCACCAAACUUGAAAAGCCAUGCAGUCACCAUGUUCGAAGUUGGCAAGCUCUCCGAUGAGUCUCUGGACAGCUUUCUUAUCGAACUGGAAAAGGUUCAGAGCACUGGUGAAGGAGAAGCACAGAGAUACUUUGACCAUGCACUUACUCUGAGAAACACAAUACUGUUUCUUCGUCACAAUAAAGAUCUAGUUGCACAAACUGCACAGCCUGACCAGCCCAAUUAUGGAUUCCCUCUGGAUCUCCUACGCUGUGAAAGCCUUCUCGGUUUGGACCCUGCAACUUGCAGCCGAGUUCUAAACAAAAACUACACACUGCUUGUCUCCAUGGCUCCUCUCACCAAUGAGAUUCGGCCUGUCAGCAGCUGCACCCCUCAGCAUAUUGGACCAGCUAUCCCAGAAGUCAGUUCUGUCUGGUUUAAACUGUACAUUUACCACGUCACUGGGCAGGGACCACCAUCUCUUUUGCUGUCCAAAGGUACAAGACUUCGAAAACUGCCAGAUAUUUUCCAGGGUUAUGAUCGAUUAUUAAUAACGUCUUGGGGUCAUGAUCCUGGGGUAGUCCCUACAUCAAAUGUGCUCACAAUGUUGAAUGAUGCUUUAACACAUUCGGCGGUUUUGAUUCAGGGACAUGGUUUGCACGGGACAGGAGAAACUGUCCACAUACCGUUUCCAUUUGAUGAGACAGAACUACAAGGAGAGUUUACUCGUGUCAAUAUGGGUGUUCAUAAAGCAUUGCAAAUACUGAGGAACAAAGUGGACUUGCAACAUUUUUGUGGAUAUAUCACCAUGUUGAAUGCUUCGAGCCAACUUGCAAACAGAAAACUCAGUGAUGCUUCUGAUGAGAGAGGCGAACCUGAUUUGGCUUCUGGCUCAGAUGUAAAUGGGAGUACAGAGUCAUUUGAAAUGGUCAUUGAGGAGCCAACUAUAGAUUUAGCAACUAAGCAAAACUCUGUUGCCACAACAGAAGCAGAUUGGGUUCCUCUCGAGCUGUGCUUUGGAAUUCCACUGUUUAGUUCUGAAUUAAACCGGAAAGUUUGUAGAAAAAUUGCUACCCAUGGCCUUUGCAGGAAAGAGAGCCUUCAGAACCUCUUACAUUCCAGUAGAAAACUUUCUCUACAAGUCCUUAACUUUGUCCACUCAUUCCAGGAAGGUGCUUCCACACUGGAUGUUCACACAGAGGCCAGCUUUUCAAGUUUGCUGUCCCAGUCAUCCUCUGCCGAUUUGGGAGUUCCGCUUCCCUCAAAGAACUUAAUAUUUAAAGACGGCAUCUUAUCAGAAUGGAAUGGACGAUCACCUUCCUCGCUGCGUAUUGCUAGUCUCCAUCUGCAAUAAUUUGGUUACAGCAUCUGUUGCUCACACCUUCUGCCUUUUUUCUUUCUUAACGUUAGCUUUAUAGUGCCAGCCACUAAAAAGCAUCCUGCCACUGCCGUGCAGCUCAUGCUUAACUGGUGUUCAGAGUCUGGGGAACGUGUUCAUGUUUUCUGAAGUUUUCCUCAUCAUUGCACCUCCUAAUGCAAAGAGCUUUUUAGCAGCCUGCACUGUAUUUUUUAUCUUGAGACAAUCUGCAUUUCUUUUAUAAAACUGAGGAUAUACUUUAUAGGCUUUAUGAUGACUGUUAUGUUUAUAAGCAGUCACUACGAAUAUUGCAGUGGUGAUUUUAUAUGUUAGUUUAUCAAACAUAAUCUCCUUUUAUUUUAUAUUUUGUUACUUACCCUUUAGGGGAUCAUGGGAGGAGGGGAACUCUUCCUCUGCAAAGGCUUCUUGGUACUUAAAAGUAGCAAAACUCUAAAACAGUGGACACCCAGUGUGGAGGAAUGAUGUGCUGGGCAUUUAGGAUCCCUGUGGCUGUCUGUAAAUUAUGUGUAUCAGCUGAACAUUGUCGAAGGUAUGUAAAUCAGUACAGUUAUGUAUGACUUAACCUUGAUUUAUAAGGUCUUAACUCUGACUCUCGACUAUACAUUGACAUCUCAUGAGAAGCUUUGGAAAACAUUCUAUUUUUAAACAAUGUUUAUAUGUGGACUUCUGUUGCCACUCACUUUGGGCUUUAUAUUUUCAUAGAGUCUUUCUGGAAAAAGAAUUUAUUUUCCAUUCUCGUAGCUGUGGCUGCUGCACGUUUUCACCAUGAUUUAUCUUGUUUGUAGCUUUACCAAUGAAUUGUAGGAAAUUGAAUUUGAUGUUUUCAAACCAAGGAUUGUGAUUUUAGGUUAGAAUUAUAUAAUAGAAGCAUUAAGGUUAUGUCUUCUGAUCAAAAUACUUGAGUGAAAAGCCUACUUUGAAGACAUAUUCUUAGGCUUUUUGGAUCUUAAAUUUAUCUGAAUAGUGUGGGAGGAAAUGAUAAAGGGAAAUUGAAUAAUAUCAAAAUGUUUCUUGAGUCAUUGAUUCUUUUAGUGUCUCAAAUGUUAAUUAGAAUAAUUGGAAUCACUUUUUAGAUUUUUCAAGUUACCUUGGGAAGUUUGUGCAGUGUUAUAGUUUAGUUUAGCUCUUCUCCUAGGAUAACGGUUUGCUAGUUUAGAACUAUAACCAAACUAACUGGUCAGAUAACAUGUAUCUAAAACAUAGAGCAUUAGGAAAUUUGGGAAUCUUAAAACUUAAAAAUUUUUGCUGAUGAUUUUUGUUAUUUAGAGAACUGAUAUUUGUGGAUUUUAACAUACUUCUAGAAAUAUAUGCCUUUUUAAAAACUAUGAACACAACCACACAGUCAGUACCAUGGCGGACCCACAGGUAUGAACACAACCACACAGUCAGUACCAUGGCAGACCCACAGGUAUGAACACAACCACACAGUCAGUACCAUGGCGGACCCACAGGUAUGAACACAACCACACAGUCAGUACCAUGGCGGACCCACAGGUAUGAACACAACCACACAGUCAGUACCAUGGCAGACCCACGGGUAUGAACACAACCAUGCAGGCAGUACCAUGGCGGACCCACAGGUAUGAACACAACUACACAGUCAGUACCAUGGCAGACCCACAGGUAUGAACACAACUACACAGUCAGUACCAUGGCAGACCCACGGGUAUGAACACAACCUUGCGGGCAGUACCAUGGCAGACCCACGGGUAUGAACACAACCAUGCAGUCAGUACCAUGGCAGACCCACAGGUAUGAACACAAACAUGCGGGCAGUACCAUGGCAGACCCACGGGUAUGAACACAACCAUGCGGGCAGUACCAUGGCGGACCCACAGGUUUGAGUAUUUCAGAGCAGGUUACCAGUGGCACAGGGAGGGCCACAUUUGGGGUAAAUGCAGUUAACAUUUAGUUUUCUACUUUCUCUUACGUGAGGUAGAAACCAGUGUAUGUUAUAAAUGUUUGUCUGUAAAAGGAAAAAUACAUACUAAUACUAAAAUAUUUCUUAUGACUGUGAAUCACUCAUUUAUUUUUCCAAUAAUUGAUAUUGUCCAUUCCUAGUGCUAUUAGGUAUGUAUGUAAUAUUUACAGUUUUUCAACCCAAAGUUGUAAGUAUCUCAUUUGAUCAGGGCUCUUUAAUCUCAUUUUCAUUUGCUUUGUUUGAAUUAACUGCAGCUAUUUUAUUUAUUCCUGUAUUACCAAUCUAAGCCUGCCAUAGUGAUGUGUACACUAAUAAAGAAUCAAAUAUUUGCAGUUGUUGACAGUGAACCCAGUUGUUGGUGAAUUUAAACUUGAAAUGUGGGAGUGAUUUGUUGCUGCAUUUCCUUUGAGAAAGGAGGAAGAAACAGAACCUAAUAAUGAUCAUGAAUCGUAGGGAAAGUGCUGAGGGAACGCGUGGCCAGCUCUGGUUUCUCCGCGAACGAGGCAAGAUUCCGGUCCCCAGCUGAAGACCUCGCUGUUAAGGAGGGCAGUCUGAUUUUAGGGCUGUCAGCAGAGUGUGAAGGCUGAUUUUUGCUUUGCUUUAUUAUGAAUUUGGCUUUGUUUCAUUCAUAUGUUAACGCACGUAAAGAUAACAUCUCUUUCUUUCUCUUUUUUUGUGUUAAU